AUGCAAUUUUCAAUUGAAAUUUCGUCGAUCAUUGCUGUCAUUUUGCUUAUUGUUCAAUUGUCUUCGGCUGCCGUAUUACCAGUUGGUCAGUUUAUUUCAUUUCCUGAAUUUUGAUCAAUAAACUUAUUUUUAUUUUUUUUUUUAGAUUAUUCAUAUGGCGUUGAAGAAUACGGUGGUUUACCAGAAGGAAAUGCACUUUUCGCAGGUUUGUAUCCACUUUGAAAAAAAAUCACAAAAAACUAAUCAUAAAUAUUGUAUUGUUUUUCAGAAAAACCACAAAAACGUGCUCAAACAUUUGUGAGAUUCGGUAAAAGAGCACAAACUUUUGUCCGAUUUGGAAAACGAGCUCAACCAUUUGUCAGGUUUGUUUUUAAUUGCAUGCAUGAAAAAUUGUGUUGUUUCAGACUUGGAUAAGAAUAAUACCCGGAUCUAAUUCUAAUUUGUUCUUUCUGUAUAAAUUUGCCAUUUUGAAUUGAGCUUUAUCCACUUUCAAAAUGCCGACAGCUGAAAAUAAAACAUUUCAAUUUUACAACGUUGUUUUUGGUCGAAAAUAGGUUUUUUGUUUCGUAAGAAGUGUGAAGUAUUUUCAACAAACCACUUGGAACUUUUUCAUAUCUUUUGAAAGAAUUUUCAAUUAAUCGUUCUAAAUAAAUCUAGGUGUUCUCGGAAUUUGCAAAAACUCCAGAUUAUCCUGGAUUAAAUAUUAGUACGAAUCAUGAUUUAUUUCAAAACAGUCCAUUUUUUUGCUAACGUCACUUCAUCAAAUUAUUUUAAUUAUUAACCAAUACGUAAUUAUAGAGUUGCAGUAGAAAAUGUAAUUUUUGAAUUUUAAAAAAGCUGUAAAAGUUAGUCGUUGCUCUUGAUACAGAGGUGUGAGAAACUAAAAAAAUACAAUUUUUUCUUUCAGAUUCGGAAGAAGUUCACCAAGCGAAGAUGAGCAAUAA